AUGUUCCCAGUUAAAACCGCGGCUCGGAUUGCCUUUGCCAGCAUUUUCGCCUGGAUAGUUCUGGCGCUCGUUUAUGCCGGCUUACCUUCGCCGCCGCCGAGGGACAAUGGCACCGAUUAUCCCACCAAAGUGCUGCGCUCUGGGAAGACAUUAACUAGGAUAUAUAAAACCGACAUCUACUUCCCAUUCGGCGAGUCGGGGCACGAAGCCAUCGACAAAGCCCAUAUCACCAAAGAAUCCAACUUUGCCCUAUCCUUCACCCUUACUCCUACCUCCUCUAUCACAAAGAGUGAAGCUCUCAGCAUCACAAUCUCUGAUAAAUCUCCAAUCCCUCUGAAUCCGCCGGGCAAUAGCCAUCAAAACGGCGGACACAAGACAAAGGACGGACCACCCGCGACGAGCCCCGAAACCCUAUCAAAACCGUUCACAGUCCGAUCCCCGGCCGGUGACAAAGACGGAAUCAACCUGCCAUGGUUUGAAGAAGCGGACGCAGUCCUACUCGGUGCAUCAGUGAGCAGCGGACGGAUGUACAUCACCCUUCGCACCCGGUGGAAUGAGAACGGGCAGUUUGAAAUCCACACAGACGGACCAGGCUGGGUAUGUAUCCCCAUUCCUUCGUGA